AUAUUGUAGGAAACUCAAAUAGCCGCAACAUUACACCACCGGCGGUAGUACCAACAUUGAGGGCGAGGUGAAGAAUAUGAAAUUCGAGAAGCCAGAAGAGCCAAUUAUUACUUUGGAGGAGGCCAAGAAAGGUGAUAUCGAGAAGAAAAUGAAGUACCUCGAGCAAAGACUAGACCUGGAGCUUGGCACCUUCAAAUUGACCGACGCCUACGAGGAAGCCAUUAACUAUUCCUUCAGACCUGGCGCGGUCAAAGCUGUCGUCUCAGUCCUUGCUACCCCCUGCGAGAAGAGUCCACUGCCAAUAUCAUUGCAACAAUUGAGGAUUAUAAUUGGACAGAAGGUGUACCGAGAUUUGGGUCUGACUUACUAUCACGUGUGCUAUACCAAUGACAUCCAGGUCUCCGGCAAAGCGCAAAAGAGUAUUGUUGGUUACGAUAGCGACAGCGUAUAUGUAUUCGGCGACAACAAGAAGAAGCCACUGAGUGGAAACACCGAGCUUAGAAACAACAUGGUUCUCCCUACGGUUGACGUGUGUGCCGACUUUGCUAUCGCGUCUGGCGGAGCGGCGUUCAAUUCCAGCAAUUUGGUGGACGCUAAACCGAAUCAGAAGAGGCAGUUCUCUCAAGUUACCGCUAGAAAGAUCGUCGAGGACCUCACGAGUGUCGAAAUUGAACAAGAUUGCGUUUGCAACCAAUUUCACGGAAUUAAACAGCCUCGUUGUAAGAUCGUGGGACGCAAGGAGAAGGAACAACUUGCGAGACACACGAAAGGAGGAGUGAAGGGUUGAAGGAGCCACAAUACUACGCAUACUAUUAUUACUAAUUAAUUUAGAUGUAAUCUAUUUGUUAUUUUGUUACAAUAUCGUAAAAGCUCUUUUUGAUAGAGUGAUAAGUGAUAUAAUUGCAUCAUUCGGUCGGUAUUGCCGAUCCUCCACAGAUCGAAAAGAAUAUCGGGUGCAAGACUCGAAUUGUGCCUCAUGACAACUUCCUUCGUUUUCUAGAUCUAACAUAAACAUAUGCAAAUUAAUGCAAUUAGUGUACCAUUUAUCGAUGUACCAGCGAUGUUUUACAGAGAGAAAUAAACAUUGAACAUACUGCUGUUCGUGUGUAAUUGAAAA